UGCAGGGAGCGAGAGAUAACAAUGGUGCACGCGGAUGCUGGAAGGUCUCUACUACCAGUGCCGAAUGUGCAGGCACUUGCACAAACUUACAACGGAGGAUCAUCAGACGAGCAGAUCCCAGAAAGGUACAUCAGGGUGGAAGAGGCUGCAGAGGAGGUGAUCGGUGGUCGUGACAUCUCCUCUGCAAUCCCAAUCAUCGAUCUCAACAAGUUGCUUGAUCCGCUGUCAUCAAAAGAGGAGCGUGCAAAGCUUGGAUCAGCGUGUAACCAGUGGGGCUUCUUUCAGCUCAUCAACCAUGGUAUAUCAGAUGAAGUGAUCCACAACUUCAGGAACGACAUGGCUGAGUUCUUCAAGCAGCCACUGGAAGCCAAAAAGAUGUAUUCACAGAUACCAGGCAAUCUUGAAGGGUAUGGCCAGCACUUUGUUGUUUCCGAGAACCAGAAACUGGACUGGGCAGACAUGUUCUUCCUCAUUCUCCGUCCAACCGAUUCAAGGGACACUAGGUUCUGGCCUAGUCACCCUCCGUCCUUUAGGAACUCCAUAGAUAGGUACUCUUCUGAGACGGCAAAGCUAGCAUCUUGCUUGCUGAAGUUCCUGGCCAUGGACAUGGGCGCCGAGCCAGAGUCUCUCCUGGAGAUAUUCAGAGGCCAGCCUCAAAACACGCGGAUGACCUACUACCCUCCAUGCAGGCAGGCCGACAAGGUGGUGGGCUUGUCCCCGCACACUGAUGCAACCAGCCUGACGCUACUGCUCCAGGCGAAUGGCGUCCAGGGGCUGCAGAUCCGAAAGGAUGGCAAGUGGGUCGCUGUAAACUCCCUUGAUGGCGCCUUCAUCGUCAACGUUGGCGACAUACUUGAGAUUCUGAGUAAUGGAAGGUAUAAAAGCGUUGAGCACAGGGCCGUGGUGCACCCAACCAAGGAGCGCAUGUCGGCGGCAGUGUUCCACCAGCCAUGCCAGGAUUAUGCCACCGUCGGCCCUCUGCCGGAGCUUGUGAAGAAGGACGGCGAGGCUCUGUAUGGCUCAAUCAGUUAUGUGGAUUUCAUCAAGGGCUACUUCGCCGCAAAACUUGAUGGAAGGAGCUACCUCGAGAGCUUGAAGAGUUAAUAGAAUAUAUAUAGUUCAACUAUGAACAGUCGAGAUGAAUAACGCUUGGUUAUGUACUGUGGCUUGUUAGCUUGUAGCUUGCGUGAAGUUCGGUCUGAUGUUUGUAUUGCUACGUGCUGUACUGCUAGUAUCUACUAAUUGUGGCUUGAUCUUCUGUCC